UUAAGUAUUAAUUAAAUAUUUUGUUUGUCGUCCGAAACGUUCAAUUCUUGUGCCUAUAAAAUGAAUACUUUGAUCGCUUUGUCCGCUCUCUUCGCCGUCGCCACCGCCACAGCCGGCGGUUAUGGCUAUGGAGGCUAUGGUGGCUAUGGUGGGGGUUACGGUGGCGGUUAUGGCAAGGGCUACGGGGGUUAUGCUCUGAUCGGCGGCUAUGGAGGUGGUUAUGGUAAGGGAUACGGAGGUUAUGGUGGCUAUGAUGGCGGUUAUGGAGGCGGUUAUGGCGGCAAUUAUGGCGGUUACGGCAAAGGAUACGGUCUCGCCUACACCAGCGUCCAGAAAGUGAUCACACCCGUCGUGACUAAGGCUAUAGUGCACGCCCCGGUAGUGACCAAGGUGGUCUCCGCCCCAGUUUACACCAAAGCCUACACCACUGUCAGCGAUGGCGGUUAUGGUUACGGUGGUUAUGAUGGAGGUUAUGGUGGUUAUGGUUAUGGCGGUUACGGUAAGGGAUACAGCGGCGCCGUUCUCGUCGACGCCGGAUAUGGCGGCUAUGGUUAUGGCGGUUAUGGCAAAGGAUACUAAAUUGUUAGACACAUCCCGACCCCUCGACAUCUCAUACACUCAUUCCCGGAAACCACUGCCUCUCGUAAAAACGAUUAUUAUGUAAAUUAUAAUAACUAAACGUGUAUUUAAUACCCUAAUUGUUAGACAAAAUUAUUUUUUCAAAAACUAAAUUAUUAAUGAUAAUUAAGAACUGAGUUAAACACUUGUGUCCACUCGUCUCUGUGUAUGAUCUCCAUGUCUAUCGU